AUCCAUCCAUCCAUCCAUUUUCUGUGCUGCUUAUCCUACACCGGGUCACAAGGCGCCUGGAGCCUAUCGCAGAUGGGGGACACCCUGGAUGGGGUUUUGGAAUAAAAGCCGCAGCAAAAUCAAGCAUUUUUGGCAUGUGGAGAACAUUAUAAUUAUUAUAAUUAUUAUUAUUACUGGUUAUACAUUACUAUUAUACAUGGUGCACGACCAUGGUGCAACACAGAACAGUAUGCAAGACUGCAUAUGGUGCAAUAAACAUCAGUGUGAGACGAGUGCAGGAGAAUAAAUAAACAGAACUGGUCAAUAAAUACACAGAAGGUGGGCUGUAAACUGUAAACUAUUUUUGCAGUGUUGCAGCAACAAGUACUGUAUAACAGCAGCAUUGGCAGCAAAAAAAAAACAAGUUCUAUAGCCAACAUAGGCCGGAGUAUAGUAAUCAUUAUUAUUAUUAUAAUUAUAUAAUAAUCAAGCACAGUGCUAUCUCACAGUUCUAGGCCCCCAGCUUCGACUCUGUGCUCAGAUUACUGUCUGUGCAGAGUGCUUUCAAUGUCUACAUGGGUUUUCUCAGGGCUCUCUGCUUUCCUCCCACUUCCAAAAUACAUGCCACUAGUUGGUGUGGCUAUGCUAAAUUGCUCCUAUAUUUGAAUGUGUGUGUGCUAUGAAACAAAUUUUUAGGGAAAAACAUCCAUAUUAAGAAACCUUAUAGAUAUCAAACUGCAGCAUCUCACUGGAAACAGAAAAAGCCAUUGUCUGUAUUGAGGGAAGCAGCAGCUUCAUUAGCUCACAUGUUGUCUAAAGUUGUCUAAACAUUGGUAUUUAUUGAUGACAGUCAAAAUAUGUUGAUUACUACUGGACCAUUUGGAGAAGCCUCUUGAGUCAGACCCAGUUCCAGCUAUUAAGUGUUAUGACUCUCAGUGUAUUGCUGCCAAACAAUUAAUAUAUCAUAGUCAUAUUUGUUUAUAUUUGCUAGCGCAAAUAUUAACUGGAAACAAAAAAAGUCCCCAAUCCUCUCAAAUACUUGACAAGGGAGGUUACGCACCAUCUGCAGCUGGAAAAAAAUUCCUGUCUUAAAAGUAACCUGAUACAUGAUUACUGAAUGCUAUAUAAAUGCUUUUUUUAAACACUUCACUUGGUUUUAUUUUAUUUAUUAUUACUUGUGUGAUAAAAUGUUAUUACAGCAACUAAUUUUUAUACAUAUUUAUAUAUAUAUUUAUUUUUGCAUUGAAGGUCAUUUGUGUUUUGUACCAAAACACUCAAUAAGAGGAGUUUGGGGUAGAAAACCAAGGCUAAGGUAAAACACAUGACAGGGUGGUUGAUUAAUUUCCUAAAACAACACAUAGUGACAUGUUUUAUUCCUCAUGCUGCAGUAAUUUGACAACAAUCCAUUUUUUAUUAAUUAAAUAACAACACAUUUUAUAAGGUUAUAGUUACAUUUAAUGUUGUGGAACAUCUGCAAAACACGAUAGCUCCUGUUAUCAAAAUAUCCAUCCAUCCAUUUUCUGUACCGUUUACACUACACAGGGUCAUGGGGAGCCUGGAGCCUAUCCCAGGGGAUUCAGGGCACAAGGCAGGCUACACCCAUCGUAGGGCAUAAUCGCACACACAUAGUGCAGGCAGUUUUGGAAAUGCCAAUCAGCCUACAACACAUGUCUUUGGAUUGGGGGAGGAAAACACAGGGAGUACAUACAAACUCACACAUGGCAGAGGUGGGAUUCGAACAUUCUAACCUCUAAGAUACCAUGCCCUCCCUGUUAUCACAAUAUAACAGCUAUAAAAAGUCGUGCCCUCACCAGCCUCAUUUUUCUCUCACUUGAUGUUAAUAAGACAAAGAAUGGAAAGAAACUGGAAAGCAUAAAGUCCUCUGACAUCUUCAGUGGUGGAAAGCUGUACAAAGGACUGACACUACAGUCUCCUUCCAUAAAUGUUUAAUAAACAUCUCCUAUCAGAAAGCUUCACAUUUUAUUGCUUGUAGUAGCAACUAAUUCCGAUGCUGAAUUAGUACUUAUAAUUUGUUUAUUGUAAUAUUGAGAUUAUGCGUAGCAUCUGAAUUAGUUGUUACUAUAAACAAUAAAAUAUUAGAAUAUAUAUUAGGUUUAAUAUAAACCUGUGAUUUGUGCUUGUGGCCAUCACUAAGGUCAGAACUGCUGUUACGGAAGAUUACUCAACACAUCCUUACCAAUCAGAUCUCAGAAUCCAUUUUAAAGCAUGUCUUCAGAAAUGAACUUAUAUUUAAACCUGUCUCUUCUCCUGAAAUAGUACAAUGCUCUAAAUGCUGCUAUGCUCUAGCUUCAACUCUGUCACUGCUGAAGCCCUUCAGAUGAGUGAUCAGUAAAUCUUUAACAAAUCUGGUUUCCUAGACAUAUUACUACUACUACCACUAUAAACUUCAAAAUUACUCGGAUGCCUGAAAACCUUCAGACAGACAGCUUCAGCUGUGUGCUAUUAAAAGCACCAAAAUCUCAAAGGUCUUGCUGGUGGAGCUGCUGUUCAGAGUUUCAGAGCUGAGCUGUGGAUAGAGCUGUGAAAAAAAAAAUUACAAAUACUAAUAAUCUAACCCAGGAUAAACAAACAAACAAAUCUUCAGGAUUCUAUAUAGCUUACUUGCUUUUAUUUUCUGACAUACUGGAGAUUUAAAAAAAAAAAAAAAAAAAAAACAACAACAACAUGGAUAAAUUCAACAGUGCUGCCACGGUUUUGCUGCUGUCUGUUGUGGUGGUGGUUGCAGCAGGAAUAUUCCAUCUGUACAAUGUGAUACUGCAACUGUUGCACAAAACACCUGUGCAAAACAAAGUAGUGCUAAUAACAGAUUCAUUAUCAGCCCUGGGGAAUGAGUGUGCAAAACUCUUCCACAAGCGGGGAGCCCGGUUGAUCCUUUGUGGGAAGAACUGGGAAAAGCUUGAAGCUUUUGCACAACAGCUGGUCACUGAAUCAGAUCCUAUUUUAACUUUCCCACCAAAGUUAAUAGAGCUGGACUUCACAGACACAGAGAUGUUGCCAGAUGUGCUUUCAGAUGUACUUGACUGUUAUGGCUACUUGGACAUGCUCAUCAUCAACAGCAGCAUGAAAGUGAAGGCACCUGCACAGUCUCUGUCUCUGGAAAUGGACAAGAUGGUUAUGGAUGUCAACUACUUUGGACCAAUCACACUGGCCAAAGGUGUUCUGCCCUCAAUGAUCUCCAGAAGGUCUGGCCACAUUCUCCUGGUCAACAGCAUUCAGGGAAAACUGGCCGUUCCCUUCCGAACAACUUAUGCUGCCUCCAAACAUGCAGUACAGGCCUUCUUCGACUGCCUAAGAGCUGAGGUGCAAGAGUCUGGAAUCUCCGUUAGUACCAUCAGUCAUACCUUCAUAAACGCUGCUUCCACAACCCAACAUACCACCACGGGCAAUUCCAUCCUGUCAGGUAAAUCAUCAUCAUCUACAUCUUCUCAUAAACCAAACAAACACACAACCCCUCUUGACUUUAGUCCAAUUUUCUCCUGCUCAUUGAAAUCUGCAGUCCUAACAGGACAGAAACCUCAUGGCAUUUCACCGGAGGAGAUGGCCAAUGCAAUACUGCAAGCUUUGGGCAGUAAGAAGAAGGAAAUCAUCAUGGCCCAUUUCAUCUCAAAAGCAGCUAUCUAUGCUCGCUCUCUCUUUCCCAACCUCUUCUUCGCUGUAAUGGCAGCAGGAGUGAAGAAUGCUGCAGGUGUGGAACCGGUGCAGUGAAAUGUGACAUUACAGUAUCUCACAAAAGUGAGUACACCCCUCACAUUUUUGUAAAUAUUGAUUAUAUCUUUUCAUGUGACAACACUGAAGAAAUGACAC